AUGGACCACUCCAUCUCAUCCGUCGAUCUCCUGCCAAAAGCACUCAGCCCAUCCACUCCAUCAUCUCGAAAUAGGCACCAUCUACUCUUCAAUCCCACAGCAUCGCCCCAUCCCCACUGGACCCCUCCCCCCACCUCACCCAAACACACAAACAAAAUCCUAUCAACCCACCUCACCCACCCCCCAUCCACCCCAGACAGACCCAAAAGCGCACUGGCCAGCAACAUCACCCGAACACAGUCAGUCGAUCUGCUUGGUCUCUACGACCAUCACACACCCCGCCCACCGAUCUCGCGCUCCAAAUCUACCACAGCCAUCCACCACCGCGACCAGACCGAUCAUCAGCCUCAGUCAGCAUUCUCACCAUCAGACGAUCAACCUCACCACCACCACCAGCAAAAACAUCAGUCAAAAGCCACGAAAUCUAUCCUCAAGAGGCCCAACAGCCCCUCUAAAGGUACCCGGGCCCGUUUCUUCAGCCCCCGAGUCUUGUCUGAUCCAACCGGGGAUGAAGAGAGCGAUGGGAACGAAGCUAGCUGGGUGGAUGAACACGGCAACUGUCGAGGACGCGAAAUCAUUCACGAAUUUCAGAAGGACGAGCCCCCGAUGACCCGUCCCAAACAACAACAGACCUUCAAUCAACCCCCCCAAUCUCCCUCUCCCCCCCGCAAAACAGCCCCAACACCAUCAUCUGCCUCGACUACCCGUCGACACCACCAUACCCCCAAGUUUAUUAUUCCCGAACCGAUCGACCUCGGCAUCGAGCCCAUCCUACCCAGGCACUCAACAUCCCCAUCACCCUCUCCACCCUCCCUACCCCCAGCAUCGUAUCUGAUGAACGCCAGAGCCCAUCGGAAGAGCACCCAACAGCGCUCAGUCUCAAACAGUUUGAUCUUCAACGCGCCCGAUAACCUUUCCAACAUCUUGGACGAGAGCGGCGGCUUCCUCGUCGGAAACGAGACCACCUGGACUGGCGGAGAUAGCAAAGAACCUUCCACCGAACUCUCCAUCGACUUGAACCAUGUCGCCAUGAUGGAACUCUUGGGCAAGAAAAACUUGGCCAAGCUUCGGCCCGGCUCCGCUUUUGCCAAGCAUACCUCCACGACCAGAGGCUCAGACUGUAUCAUGGAAGAAGAAGAAGAAGAAGAAGAAGAAGAAUCCGUCGAUGUUUCGGGACUGGCCCGGCAGCUCGAAGAUGAAAAGAGUGUUCCAACGGAUAACUUGGCUUUGAAAGAUGAGCAGGCACCAGUCAAUCUAAGAGGCUCGCCGGAUUUCUCAACCACUUUUGAGUCGUCCAAGAUUCAUCUACCACCGUUACCGACCGAUCGAGACGAACUAUGGAAAAACAGCCAACCCAAAGAGCCCAUGAAGAAACCGGCGAGCGCACCUAGGGCCAAGCGAUAUUCGAUGUCGAGUGUCGACCAUCGUAUCUUAUGCGAGCGAGGAGAGGUGCAGGACGAGGUGACGGCACGGCUGAAGAAAAAGAUUGACUCGAUCAAGUUGUCGGCCCAGGAAGAGCCCCGAUCGGUGACGAAGGAUGAUCUGUUUUCAGAACUGAUGUCUGCGCCCCCGCCCUCUCUAGUAUCCCAGGGAGAGAAGAAGACCGGUCGGCCGGUUGCUGCGCCUCCGAAAGCGCCCAAACUACAGGCGCCGGUACCGAGCAGUGAGCGUCGACCGACGGCAGCCAAGCGGCUGUCAGGCCCGGACGUCGUCGCUUUCCCUGGGGGGAAGCCGACGGAGGGCAAAAUGACGGCGACGAAUCCGGUCGGCAAGCCGCGCACCAGCUGCAUCUCCACCUCCGUCGUCCCCGUCCGUGCCAAGCGCUUGUCGAACAUCGGCAUCGGGCUGCCCCCCUCCACCUCCGCCCCAGCCAUCACCCCGCUCGUCUCUAAGCUCUCCCGCCCCAGCACCGCCGCUCUCACUGGCGUCCGCACCAAGCUCAAGCCCUCCAACAACCUCGGCAAGCCCGGACUGCCCUCCGGAUCGCCUAAGACCAUGAAGAGCCGCUCCUCGCUCUCCACUAUCAGCCUCAACUCUCCGCGCCUGCGCUUCCACGCCAGUCCCGCCAAGCCCUCUCUCCUCGCCCAUGGCCAGCCCGACGAAGAGCCGUAA